UACAAAAAAAUUAAUAUUUUUUCUAUUUUCUGAAAACCCAUAAAGCAAAACAGCAAAGGGGUAUCUUUGAUUUCAAUUGGGUCAAAGAAAAAGAGAGAUUUGGGGGAAAAGAGAAGAGAAAGGUUAAAGCUUUGUUUUGAGGGUUUUGUGUUUUUUUUUUUGCGGCAAUGGGGGAUUUGGAGAAACAAGAGGAGAAGGUGGUGGUGUUGGAUGAAGAAAAAGAAGGAGAAGAAGAAAAAGAGAGGCUUUUGGAGGGUACGGCGGUUUUGGAUUUUGACAUGCUUUGUUCAUCUGUGGCUUUGCAAACUGCACAUGGAACUUGGGGGAAGCUUGGUGGAACAAACUUUGGUGGUGAUGAUGAUGACGAUGGUGAACAACGUGGUGAAGAGUUUGGUGGUGUUUUGAGGAUGUGGGAAGGUGAAGUUCUUGAUUGUUUCGAUCAUCGUUGCAUUGCUCUUGAAUCUACAUGUUGUCCCUGCUACCGAUUCGGGAAGAACAUGAAGCGAGCUGGUCUUGGUUCCUGCUAUAUUCAGGCAUUUGUAUAUUUCCUUCUUGCCAUCUGUGCUCUUUUCAACUCCAUAGCCUUUAUUGUCACGAGACAUCACUACUUUCUGUACAUAGCAGUUGCCUUCAUUAUUACUGGUGGAGCAUAUUUAGGAUUCUACCGAACUCGUAUGCGAAAGAAAUUCAACAUCAAGGGUAGCGACAGUUUGGUGGACGAUUGUGUGUACCAUUUUGUCUGUCCUUGUUGUACAUUGUGUCAGGAGUCAAGAACACUGGAGAUUAACAACGUCCAAGACGGCACUUGGCACGGUCGUGGUGGCACCAUAUGCAUAGGUGGCAUUGGGGAUAGGAGUAAAGAACUCUCUGAGUUGAUUCCUCCUCCUAUUGAGUCCAUCAACCUUACUAAUAGAUAAAAUGAAAUAGAGCGUAGUAUCAUCAAUGAAUCUUGAAUCAAGGUAGUGAGGAAGUUUUGAAACAAUGGCUCUUCAUCUGAAUUGUAUAUCUAGUGUCUGCACUGCAUAUUUGAUUUCAAUUAUCUAUCAAAUUUCUUGGCGAAAAGAGAAUGUGAUGACGGCUCUAACAAAUGCCGUCAAGACUAAUAGGUAGUGGCAGUCAGUGCUUGGAGCAAAGAGAAUCAAAGCGUAUAUAAAUUGAUAAUGUUUGAGUUAAAAAUGUUUAUAGACAAUUUAGACUCAAGCAUUCCAAGGUUAUAUAUGCUUUGGAUAUCUUUGUUCCAAGCAUAAGUGUCAAUAUUGGAUAGUUUAUAUUUUGGAUGGAGAAAAAUGUUGCUUUUAAAAUUACCCAACAAUUGAAGAGAUAUGUUAGUUUGCAAAUGUGCAUAUAGAGUAUGUUAUUUCCCAACUAAUGGGGUCUUAUUUUAACCAGCCCCCGUAGUAUAUAGUUUGAUUAAUGUCAGUGUUGAAAGAAUCUCAUCUUAAUUAUUGUAAUCAAAACUUACUCUUGUUGUAUUUUUAAGCUGAAUCAAGCUUGGCUCUAUAGGAAAGAUUACCUAUUUCCUUGGCAGUUUGAUUCACUGAAUAUUUUGGGCUUAGACUCGAUAUUUUAACUUUAUUAAAUUUUCAA